UGUGCAGUUUCAACCCUUCUAGUCUGUUAUUAGGAAUCAAUUGACUGUUGUAGCAGGCCUAAUAUCUAGAACGUUUUACAAUUUGUGGCGUGCCAGGAAAUGGCGGCCUGUGUUUUGACCAGUCGACGGGGCCGUCUUCCGGCCAGCAAGCAGCACAGUGCAAGCCCAUGCAUGGCGAAGUCGUCGUAUGUAUCGCUGUGAAGGGCAGUACAGAGACCGAGAAUAUCCUUUAUUUGUACGCUUUCGACUCAAGGAUUCAAACCAUACUAUUCAAACUUGUGGCAUCACAUCUCGUGUUCCUGCUUAUAAAUCGAUAAAUUUCAAAUUACCUACAAAAAGAUUCAUUGAACUAUCAAUGUCUCAAUCCAAACAAACCGCAGCGGAAACGCAUGUCAGGAAACUUCCUUUUGAUAAUUCGUCGUAGCCACGCCGUAGGCCUAAUUACACUUCAGUCAUGUAUCCGAAUUGGAAGCUCACACACUCCACAGCCCUUACUGCCUCACUACAUAUAAGCUAGCCACCACAAUUACAGGAGCUCACACGAGUGGUAGCUCAAGCGAAAACCCCUUGUGCGACUGUGCGUCGUCGUCCCGAUCGAGAACCACCAGGCGACGACGAUGGUGUUCGGCGACCGCGCCACGGGCGGCCCCGGCGCCGACGCCGCGGGCACGAUGCGGUUCGCGCGGCACGUCGUGCGCGGGCGGUGGUUCAUGUUCUUCGCGUCCAUCCUGAUCAUGGCGGCGGCCGGCGGCACCUACAUCUUCGGCAUCUACUCCAAGGCCGUCAAGACAUCGCUCGGGUACGACCAGCAGACGCUCAACACGCUCAGCUUCUUCAAGGACGUGGGCGCCAACGUCGGCAUCCUCCCGGGCCUCAUCAACGAGGUCACCCCGCCGUGGGUCGUGCUGGCGUGCGGCGCCGGCAUGAACCUGGCCGGCUACCUCAUGAUCUACCUCGCCGUCUCGGGGCGCACGGCGCGGCCGCCCGUGUGGCUCAUGUGCGUGUACAUCGCCGUCGGCGCCAACUCGCAGUCGUUCGCUAACACCGGCGCGCUCGUCACCGCCGUCAAGAACUUCCCCGAGGACCGCGGCGUCGUGCUCGGCCUGCUCAAGGGCUUCGUCGGCCUCAGCGGCGCCAUCUUCACGCAGCUCUACCGCGCCAUCUACGGCACCGACAACGACGGCGCGGAGCUCGUGCUGCUCAUGGCGUGGCUCCCCGCCGCCAUCUCGCUGCUGUUCAUCCCCACCAUCCGCAUCAUGCCGCGGCCGAACGCCGCGGCCGGGCGAGCGAGCGGGGAGCGCAAGGCCUUCUUCCUCUUCCUCUACGCCUCCAUCGUGCUCGCCGUCUACCUCCUCGUCAUGAACGUCGUCGAGCUGGAGGUCAUCCACUUCCCCAAGCCGGCCUACUACGUCACGGCCACCGUGCUCCUCCUGCUCAUCUUCUUCCCGAUCGUCAUCGUGGUCAAGCAAGAGCUCAAGACAUACCUUCAGCCGCCGGCGCCGGAGACAGCGACCUCCUCCAUCGUGGCGAUCACCGUCGACGACGAGAAAACACACGAGGCACCGGCGUCUGAUGAUCAGGCCGCCGCCGACAACUCGCCGUCGUGCUUCCAGGACGUGUUCCGGCCGCCGGCGAGGGGCCAGGACUACACCAUCCUGCAGGCCCUGUUCAGCGUGGACAUGCUGGUCCUGUUCGUGGCCACCAUCUGCGGCAUCGGCGGCACGCUGACGGCGGUUGACAACAUGGGCCAGAUCGGGCAGUCGCUGGGCUACCCGCAGCGCUCCAUCACCACGUUCGUCUCCCUGGUGAGCAUCUGGAACUACGCCGGGCGCGUGGUCUCCGGCUUCGCCUCCGAGUAUGUCCUCGCCAGGUACAAGGUGCCCCGCCCGCUGGCGCUCACCGUGGUCCUCCUCCUCGCCUGCGUCGGCCACGCGCUGAUCGCCUUCGGCGUGAGCAACGGGCUCUACGCGGCGUCCGUGAUCCUGGGCUUCUGCUUCGGCGCGCAGUGGCCGCUGCUGUUCGCCAUCAUCUCCGAGGUGUUCGGGCUCAAGUACUACUCGACGCUCUACAACUUCGGCGCCGUGGCGAGCCCCGUGGGGUCCUACAUCCUCAACGUGCGGAUCGCCGGCCGGAUGUACGACCGGGAGGCGCUCCGGCAGGGCGGGCGCAAGGGCCGGGACCUCACCUGCGUCGGGGUGCGGUGCUUCAGGGAGUCGUUCCUGAUCAUCACCGGCGUGACGCUGCUGGGCGCGCUCGUGUCGCUGGUGCUGGCGUGGAGGACGAGGGAGUUCUACCGCGGGGACCUGUACGGCCGGUUCAGGGAGGUCGGCAUGGUCGGGGCGGCAGCUGCCGGAGGAGGAGGAGAGGACAAGAAGGUGGAUGAGGUAGUAACGAGAAGCGGCGGCGGUGUCAGUGACACGGACGCCAGGGACACCAGUAGCAGCAGCGAGAGCAGCAAUGGCAACAGCAAGGUUUGAAUUGUUAACGAGGUGAUGAAGGGAGAUUAUUCCCUGAGCAAAUGUACCACCACAGAGUCCAUUGAUGUACCUUGUCAGGGUCAAUUGAUCUGUAGGAUGCAUGUUUCAGCGAGCUAGUGCAUGCGGUACAUCGUGUUGGGCGAAUUUGUGCGCUGCGCUACUUA